AUGUGGAUCACGGCGUGGGCUUUGCCCUUCGCCAUUUCCGCCACGCAUGCCCUCCAUUGCAGCGCGAUAGCUACGCUGCCGAGGAUUUCGUCACGAGGAAACCCGGGCGCCAGUGUGAGGAAGGCAAUUGGCAGGAACAGGAGCAGGAGCGGCGCCUUGAAUCAUGCCGCAGUUGCAGCAGCUUCUCCCCGUAGGCCGCCGCUGCAAGCCCCCUUGACCGUUGCGAUCCUCCUAGAGUCUCUUGGAGACGUACCUCAGCGGACCUUGCGGCACCUUGCUGCAAGCCCUCCGGCUUCCCAGCUCGAGCGGACCCUGUCCGGGAGCGGUGCUCGAGCGUCGCGAGCCCAGGCGAAGCUGCGAGGGCUGCUGGAAGCGGUGAAAUCGGUAGUGGUUGGGGGGCAGGAGCAGGAUGAUGGCCUUGCUUCUGCUGCUACGAGGGUGGUGGCAGGGUGCCCAGCGUUGUUGCUGCUCGACGGGAAGAAAUUGCUGGACCGGGCUACGCAGCUUCGAGACAUGGAAGGAGUCACGGAGGAGACUGCCGCACAGCUGGCGGUCGAGUACCCGGGAUACUUCACCUUGCCACCCGCGGCGAGAGCGAGAAUCGGAUUCUUCGUGGGGCAGGUGGGGCUAACGGCGAAGGAUGUGGGUCGGCUGGCGAAGCGACGUCCGGACGUGAUAGAAAACAUCGGCGGGGGGCAUGUUCACCGACUCGUGGACUUGUUGUUGGAAGACCUCCACAUUGGCAAGGCGGCGCUUUCACGGAUGGUUCGGCGCCAGCCUGGGCUUCUGUCUCUCGGCGUGUCCGGGCACGUCCUGGAAGUGACGGAGUUCUUCAAGAAGGAAAUGGGGCUCAAGGCAGACCAGAUUUCGAAGAUUUACUGCUCGAACCCGCACGUGCUCUGCCUAAGCCUCGAGAAGAACAUCCGGCCCGUGGUGGACUGGCUUGGUGCCCCAGACCCCGAAGCGCAGCAGCAGCAGCAGCAGCAGCAGCAGCAGCAGCAGCAGCGCCGGGAAGGUUCACCUUCUUAUUCGGGAGCAAGAUUCGAAGCAAAAACCCGCCCGUCGCCGUCGAGCCAUCCCCCGCCGGUUACCGCUGCGACAAACGGAGGGGGCGGCGGCGGUUCCGCUAGCGUUCGACUAACGAUAAGCUCGUCUGGUUUGGACCGGAAGAGUGGCCGAGACCGCAUCGCUGCCGCCACCACCGCAGGAUUCCCAGAUGACGCGGGAGAGUUGACGCUAAGCAGGGCAGGGAGAGAAGAGGUUGCGGCGGUAGGGCAGGGGGCUGGCCCGGAGCCGCAGCGAGCAGAGUCAACGCUGGCGGUGCCGGUGUACAAGGAGGGGGGUGGGUGGGACUGGGGGCUAGGGUUUGGCCGCGAGGAGCGCGGGAAGAUCGUUUGCAAGCAGGGGGACCUGUUGUGGAAGAGCGUCGUUGGCAACCUCGCCAAGUCGGCGGCUUGGUUCGUUGAGGAGGUCGGGCUGAGCUGGGAUGAGAUGCGCAAGGUAGUGGAAAGGUCGCCAUCACUUCUGUGCCUAAGCGCGGAACACAACCUAGAGCCCAAGCUAGCGUUCUUAGUGAACGAGCUCGGCUUGGACCCUGGGUCAGUCAGGAAGACAAUCGUCAACCAGCCGUCGCUCAUGACCCUGAGUGUUACCGGCAACCUCCGGCCUAAGGCGGCCUUCUUCAGUGACGAGCUCGGCGCGAACGAGCGGGACAUUUCCAACCUCCUCAACCAGUGCCCUCGGGUCAUGAACGCCAGCGUGGAGGGUCGGAUACUGCCGAGAAUGCAGGCGAUGCGGGCGGCGGGGGCCCCGCCGGCCUUCCGCCACCUCCGCGCCCUCUGCAACUACCCGGAGGACAGGUUCUCGGCCUGGUUGGAGAGGAUCGUCUUGGACGCCGAUGGUUCUUCUUCCCCGGCGACGGCCUUCUCCGCAGCGUCUCCGCCGCGACCGCGGCCAGGAAGACGGCUGGGCGGCGACGCCGACGACCCCCCGGCAUCCAGCCUGAGCACUACCUCUCUAGCGGAGCUGGGCCUAACGUACGCCGCUGCGACUAGGAACGCCUCGCGGCGGCAGCGGCGGGAAGCGGCGGUAGCGGCGGGAGCGGCGGCGGGGGUGGCGGAGGAGCAGAGAGCGGCGUUUUUUUUUGCUCCUGGCAGAGCGGAGGUGAAGGCGCUGGUGCGAAAGCUGGCACGCGGGCUGGACGUCCUGGACUUGAUGUGCGGGACGGGGGGCUUCGCGCUCAACGCCGCUGCCGGGGGUGCGCGGUCUGUGAUAGGGUUGGUGGACCAUUGGCCAGAGGAGGGUGGGGUGGGGUGGGGCAUUGGCGAGGGGGAGGAGGUAGACAAGGCCGCAAGGGCAGUCCGCACCGCGACCAAGAACGCCCGGGCCAACGGCCUCGACGACACGGCGACGUUCUUGAAGGCCGACGUAGCCGCUUUCGCGAGGGCAUCGUCGUCGGCGGCGGCGGCGGCGGCGGAUGCGGAGGCCUCGGGGCCAGGCGAGAGGAAGUCGUGGGACCUGGUGGUGGUGGACCCGCCGUCCUUCUUGGCCAAGUCGGCGCGGUCCACGGCCAGAGCUGUUAAGGCUUUUACACGACUGGCGGAGAGCGUAGCCCCUGUGGUCCGUCCCUCCGGAGGUAUGCUGGUGGUCGUGUACGACCCCGUUGACGGUGUUUUCGACACACCGGAGGAGAUGACGGCUGUGUUCACCUCCGCCGCGUCCGCGGCCGGCGUGAGCUUGUCCCUGUCCUUGUUGGAAGCGCCCUCGGCCCGACCCCCCGCCACCGGGGGGGAAGAGAACGCCUCCAGCGGUAGUAGCGGCAACGGUAGUAAGAGUAGGGGUAGUUGUAUUGGCAGUACGAGCAGCAGCAGCAGCAGCAGCAGCAGCAGCAGCAGCAGCAGCAGCAGCAGCGAGAGAAAUAGCGCAAAAGACAGUGAUCGCAAUAAGAGCAAUAGUGGAACGGAGGGAUUCCUUGGGCUCGAAAGCUUGUCGCCCUCUCCUUCUCCUCCGACGCCGCCUGUGGCGAAGAAAGGAAGCAGUGGGGGAGCGACCGGCGGCAGCGAGGCUGCCGCAAGCAGCGGGGCGAGGCAGGGCGCCCUGCUUCGUUCUUCUUCGGGCCGUCGAGAGGCUACCGCCGUCGAAGGCGUGAUGGGUGGUGAGCGAGACGAAAUCGAGAGCGGCGGGCCGGCCGCCUCGUCGCCGCCCCCGUGGUUCGCGUUGUUUGUCUGCUCCAGAGCACCGCUAUCACCGCCGCCACCUGCCGAUGGCCGUACUCCGUAAUAUCGUGUAAGUGCACAGCCCCCUAGCAAUUCAAGCAGUAGUCCACGCAGGGUCUUUCGCGACCAAAGCUGGGGGGAAGCUUAACGAAGAGUUGUGCAUGAGGCAGACGUUCUCUCUAGAAAGCACGACGCGGCAAGCGCCGUGGGUUUACGAAUGGUGGGUAGCAGCACCUCUUGAUCCUGUGGAGUCGGCUGUAGUGACGAGAGAGCAUUGUUCAAGGGAAGAGCAUAGUUUCCAAGAGCCAGGGGAGGUUCUACAUCCGUGAUGUUUUGCACUUGGAGCCGCUCUCCUUGCUUUCGGGAGUGGGAAGGGGCCGGCUCUUGUAGGGUACGCCCCGAUAGGCGCGGCUGACAACCCUCGGUACCGUUUCCUCGCGUUUUUUUCGGACAGAUCGCUGCUCAUAAUUUUUUAGGAGCUCGUUGUCUAGAAGCACCUUCCCACGGCGUCAAGAGAGUCGCUCGUUGUUCUGGAACAACCCAAGGUGGCCAGCGAUGACCAAGACUAGAGUCAAAACUACAGGAGCGAGGGCGCUCUCUUUUGUAUCGCUCGCGUUCGA